GUGAAGGAGUUGUGACAAAUCAGUGGUAUUAGUCCAGCUACAGAAACUCUUAAGAGAUGUGUACACUGCUCCUGGUCUUACUAUCCUCCCCCGCUAUAUGGGCAGCAUCUGAUGGAAACACUUGGGCAUAUACUGGUCAAAAUGGUGAGGAUAAGUGGCCAACAAAGUUUGGAUUUUGUGGAGCAGUUUAUCAGUCGCCUCUUGAUUUCCACAAGAAUAUAUUGCAAUAUGAUUCUACCCUGCUUCCUGUCAAGCUGUAUGGAUACAACGCGUCCUCGACAGACAUGUUUACCGUAUCCAACAAUGGACAUACAGCCUCUGUGGCUUUGCUCCCAUCAAUGCAAAUGGACAUUCCGCCAUUCCGGUAUAUUGCAUCGCACCUUCACUUUCACUGGGGAAAUCUAGCCAGUCCUAAAGGAUCCGAGCAUUGCAUCGAGGGCAAAAGAUUUGCAGCUGAGCUGCACAUUGUUCAUUAUAACUCAAAAUAUGCUGAUGUUGCCACCGCAAUGGACGCUGCAGAUGGGCUUGCUGUACUUGGUAUUCUCAUAGAGGCUGGCUUUUUUAAUCCUGCAUAUGAAAAAAUCUUCUCUCAGUUUGGAAAUGUCCGAUACAAAGAUCAGAAGGUUGAGAUUGCAGGGUUUGAUGUGAGAGAGCUAAUCCCAAAAAGGCUAGAUGAGUAUUAUCGUUAUGAGGGGUCUCUUACCACCCCACCCUGUAAUCCUAGCGUACUGUGGACUGUCUUCAGGGAACCUGUGUUAAUUUCUGAGGAACAGUUGAAGUCCUUGGAGACGGCCCUAUACUGUACAGACAGGAACAGCUCAGUACCUGUGGAGAUGAUCAAUAAUUUCCGACGGCUGCAGCAUGAAGGAGACAGGCUGGUGUUGGUGUCGUUCCGGGAAGGUGUAGUACUGGCUGUGGUUUUGGCAUCCAUCCUCUGUGUUGUAGUAGCUACUGGCAUCAUUUGUUGGCUGUUUCACUGUAGGAGACGGAGCAAAGACCGUGGUGAGAAGAAAAAUGUAAUGUACACAGCAGCAGUUACCUCAGAAGAGAAUACUUCAAAAGUAUGAUGUCCCACCGUAUGUCUCCUUGCAAUGAGCCUGGAAAAUUUGAUGAGGCCUCACCCCAACAUACAAUGGAUGCCGCUUUCGCUGAUCUGCCUCCCUCAGAGCUGCUGCUUUGCGGUAAUGGGCAUCACAUGUAGGGAGAUGAGAUUGCACACAUACAUUCUGAUGUGUUCUGUUUCUAUCCUUUUAUCUAUGAGUGGAAAAAACCCUGAAAAAUGUUUUAAAUAUGCAAUCAAUUUUAAACAUGUUAAUAUUUGAACUGUGUAUAAACCCAAAAGCCAUAUAAUUAGACACUUGUACAAAGUUCUCAAGCUCUGGCCUGCCAGUCUACCUCAAAGUUGGGCUACCUCUAAGAUACUUUCUGCUUUUCUGUGCAGACUGUGAUACUGUUCGUUAAGCUCUUGGGAAUCUGCACACAAGAGUAUACAGGCUCCUCUGACAAAUAAUUCUGGCAUUGAUCCUUAAUUCAUGGGAACGUCUAAGAAGAAAUGUCUUAGCACACUGCCACUCGCC